AUGUUUUCCACAAGACUUCUGCUUUUGGCUGUUUUGAUUUCCACUGCACUGGCCGGGCCCUGGGCUAGUAUAUGUGCUGGCAAGUCUUCCAACGAGAUCCGGACAUGCGACAGUUAUGGCUGUGGACAGUACUCUGCUCAAAGCCACCAGAGACCUCACCAUGGUGUGGACAUCCUGUGUCCUGAUGGGUCUGCUGUGCAUGCACCAUUCACGGGGAUGAUCAUGGGCCAAGAGAAACCGUACAAAACCAAAAAUGCCAUCAACAAUGGUGUUCGGAUAUCUGGACAAGGUUUCUGUAUCAAGAUGUUCUAUAUCAAGCCAAUUAAAUACAAAGGUCCUAUCAAGAAGGGUGCAAAACUGGGGACCCUGCUGCCCUUGCAGAAAGUGUACCCUGGCAUCCAAUCACACAUCCACAUAGAAAACUGUGACUCGAGUGACCCCACCGUGUUCCUAUAAUGGGCAGACAAGACCCAGGCUCUUGCAC